AGGCACACGCCUGUGAGACGAGCAGGAUGACGGGCAGCUUUUCCCGGACUGUCACUUGAGCCCGGUCGGCUUCACGCAGAGGUACCCCGCUGCUAGACGGGAUCGUCUCGGGCGAAGUCAAAACACCAGGCCUCACUGGACCCGACUCCCUGUGAGGCCCUCUGGUCAUGGCAGCAUCUUCGAUGGGCCCUUGGAAUGCGAAUUUGCUGGUUGCUGUGGUACUGCUGUGUGCCUGUACGUCUGCUUCAGGACUAAGAAAAUGCGUCGCAGUACCGCGCAUCAACAUGGCCGUGGAUGUGAGAACAUCUUUGGCAAGAGCCCAAACUUUUCUGAAGUCGCAGAGAAGUUUAAAUCCAGAGGACUGCAUCCAGGAAUGUUGCUUGGGAAACGCAGUUCAAGGUGUGAAGUGCAACUUGGUUGUGUACAACCCUCCUGCAGCAGGACAAGAAAACUGCUGGUUAUUUUACUGUGAGAAAAAGACUGACUGUCCACUGACGAAAACGCCAGGGAGGACCACCUAUCUGCUAAACGAUUUUUUUACAAAACCUCCAACUACCAUAACCACCACUAGGAGGACCGCUACUAGCACCACAAUGACAUCGACCUCCACUGACAGAAAAACAUCCACUAGACCUACAACACCAACCACUACAACCACAAAAUCUACCACAACUACUAGAAAACCGAAUACUAUAAAUACAAUGCCAACUGCUACAAAAUCAACCACUACUACCACAACUACUAGAAAACCAACAACUACAACCACAAUGUCUACUACUACUACUAGAAAACCAAUCACUAAAACCACAACACCAACCACAACUACCACUACUACUAGAAAACCAACCACUAAAACCACAACACCAACCACAACUACCACUACUACUAGAAAAACCAUGACUACAACCACAACACCAACCACAACUACCACUACUACUAGAAAAACCAUGGCUACAACCACAACACCAACCACUACUACUAGAAAAUCAACCACUAAAACCACACCAACCACAACUACCACUACUACUAGAAAACCAACCACUACAACCACAACACCAACCACAACUACCACUACUACUAGAAAACCAACCACUAAAACAACAACACCAACCACAACUACCACUACUACUAGAAAAACCAUGACUACAUCCACAACAUCAACCACAACUACCACUACUAUUAGAAAACCAACCACUAAAACCACAAUACCAACCACAACUACCACUACUACUAGAAAAACCAUGACUACGUCCACAACACCAACCACAACUACCACUACUACUAGAAAAACCUUGACUACAACCACAACACCAAACCAAAACACAAAACCAAAGAUCACAACCAGAAAAAAUACCAUUACAACAAAACAGACCACUACAAGCAAGAAAAUAACCACUAUAUCCACAAAGUCAACAACCACCAGAAAAACUACUAGUGCUACUACAAAAAUCAGUGUUCAGCCUGGUGUCCCCGCCCACUCUGACACAUCUCCUACAUUGGAUGCGAUAAUGAAAGCCAGUGGCCUGCGGGGGGCGCUGGUUGCAGGUUUGAUAGCUGGGGUGAUGGCACUGACCAUCGCGGUCUCUUGGCUGGUUAAAAAAGCUAAAGAAUCAUAUGCCCCAAAAGGGUAUGCAAAACUUCCCUUUGAUGAGCUGUUUUAUGAAUUAUAACCAUGUGUUCACAGACUUAUGAAGACUGCAAAAAAAUCAAAUGUUUUAGCAUCCUUAAGAAUCAGAAAAACGUUUUCUUAAAGAAGUUGCUUUUUUUAUUAGUACAGAUGUCAUU